AUGAGAUAUCUGGGCCUCACUUUGGACGGCACCUGGUGCUUCAAAGAACACUUCAAUCGCCUAGUCCCCCGGUUGAAAUCAGUCUCGGGCUGUGUCAGUAGACUCAUGCCGAGAACCGGGGGACCAGAUGGGAAGGCGCGUCGCCUCUAUGCUGGGAUACUUAAUUCGGUGGCCCUGUACAGGGCACCGAUAUGGGCAGAGGCCCUGGCCGUCAGUCGCCCGAUGCAAGCAAUCCUGCGCAGGGUGCAAAGGGCGCUGGCGGUCAGGGUAGCGCGCUGCUACCAUACUGUGUCCCACGUGGCGGCGGCGGUCCUGGCGAGCAUGCCCCCUUUGGAGCUCAUGGCCCUGUCGUACAAGAGAAUGUACGACAGGAAGCGGGAGCUCCUGCGUACAGGGGGGCGGAAGAACCGCUCGCCAGGGCAAUAA